UCGAAGAUAUCGAUCUGAUCCAAAUAUAAAAUAAAAAUCCUUCCUUUUACAGACACAGUUUCAGACAUAUCAGAGACUUCACUCUUCUUCUCAAUCAUGACUAUGGAGCCAGACACUGAAUCCGAAUACGCAUAUAACUGCAAGGUUAUGGUGGGCACUGCCAUUCUCGUCUUCCUUCUCAUAAUCCUCAUCAUUCUCUUCAACGCCUACCUCCGCUUCUGCCGCCGUCGCCGCCGUGUUCUCUUGUUCCGUUCCCUUCCCACUUUUUCCUUCUCCGCCUCCGUGCACCGCUCUCUCCAGGAAUGUGCCGUGUGCCUGUCGGAGUUCGCCGACGGUGAUAAAGUUCGCACACUCCCCAACUGUAAGCAUGGUUUCCACACCCACUGCAUCGACGCAUGGUUUGCCUCUCACUCCACGUGUCCUCUGUGCCGAACACCGGCCCAACCGGCCAAGGGUUGCUCCGAUAAUGAACCCGGUUUGGUUCCAGUUUCCGGAGCAGAAGAGGGUUGUUCUUCGUCUUUGAGUCCUCCAAUUGCGUGUCCGAGAAAGACGUUGGAUGUAGUGAUAGAGGUGGAAGAUGUGGAAAGAGGUUUGAAUCCUGCAAGGAAGAUGACGGAUUCAGAUGCUCAUUGAAGAGGUUUUGUAAAGCAUUAAGCUAGUCAAUGCUAUGGUUUAUCAUAA